AUGAAUUUCAUGUCCAUUGAAAGUCUUGCGACACUUUUGUGUGUCACGUUGGGACUAUUCUACUGGUUCUACUAUGAUCGCAUUCACUCUUCCAAUUCUACCACCCAUGGCAACAAUCAUUCUGAUCGACGUACCUCACCCUCUAAACGUGGGAUUGCAGCAUUUGUGGAAUAUGAAAUAUUGUCCAAUGAGAUCGUUUUAUUUGUCGCCCACAAGAAAAACCUUGCCACAUUUCAGUCACUAUUUGACGCUCUAAAAGUCAAAUUUCAUAUUGUGGAUUUGGCUCGCAUUGCUGGUGGAAAACAAAUUUUAGACUUUUUGCAUGAAAAGUAUCAAAAUAUAGAGAAAGAGGUUCAAAAUGAGUUUCUAUUUGUAAAUCGAAAUUUCAUGGGAGGCUUGAAACAGUUACGUCAAUUACUAUUGGAUGGAAAGAAAUUGACAUUUGGAACGCAAUGUGAUUGGAGCAAUAUUCGUAUCGAUAAUCAAAGCCAGACAGGGUUUCUCAUACUUGAUACACAGCAUGGAUUUCAAAAUAUUCGAAAUAUAACGUCGAAAUUUAGACUCAUGGAAACCACCCCAUUGGAUACAAUUACUGACUUGCAAGAUUUUAAUCCAAUCACAAUGCUUCAAUGCUCUUUACCACUUGCCAUACAAGCAAGAAAUCAACCUCGUCGUAGUAAAUUAUUAGUCUGUCAUGAUAUGAAAGGUGGAUAUCAAGAAGAUCGAUAUAAACAGGGUUGUGAGGAUUUUCAUGCCUAUCGAUUCUAUCAGUGGGAUAUUAUCGAUACGUUUGUCUAUUUUGCACAUGCUCUUGUAUGCCCUCCUCCCAUUGGUUAUAUUACAGCUGGUCAUUGUCAUGGUACCCGUGUUUUAGGUACAUUUCUAACUGAAGGUGAAAAAGGAACCAAAUUUUGUCUUGAAUUAUUUCAAAAUGCUCAGACAGCGACGGUAUUUGCCCAAAAAUUAGCUACUAUCGCCUCCUACGGUGGAUUUGAUGGUUGGCUUAUUAAUUUGGAAAAUGACGUCCCGUCUCAGCUUGUGGCAUUUAUUCACAUCUUUUUGCAUACUCUUCGCAAGGAAAUGCAGCUUCAAAAUCCAUUUGCACAGGUUGUAUGGUAUGCAAGUCUCUCAACGUGUGGCAAAUGUAAAUCGUUUGUUCGCUUGGACGAUUCAAGCGCAGAGUUUUUUGAAAAUGUUGACGCAUUUUACGUGAAUUAUGGCUGGAAUUCUGAUGAUGCUAAAUUUUCAGCUGCUUUUGAUUUGGAUCGUCGGUAUCAAGUGUAUAUGGGCAUUGAUGUGUUUGGUAGACAUGGUACAAUCGGUGGAGGUAAAAUGAAUUGUCAAGAACCUCUUCGUUUGGCAUGGAAUGCUAGAGUAUCUGCUGCUCUCUUUGCACCAGGAUGGACGCAUGAAUGCUAUCAGUAUGAAGCUAAACAGGACUUUAUUAUUGUAGAAAAUCGCUUUUGGCAAGCUAUUAGAAAAAGCUGGAAAGUGAAAAGCCCGUGUUACGAUGCACUAGGUGGACGCAAUUGCUUGUAUUCGGCGUUUAACAUUGGCCGUGGUAUCGGCAUCUGGACAGAAGGGAAGCGUGUGGGCACUUCCACGUGGUCGAAUAUGACAGAGAUGGACAUACAGCCAGAUCAGGCACUGCAUGUUGGCAACGUUGUGACCACUACUUCAGGGUCCAUGGAGGCCGUCAUCUCUCAUAACACAUCUUUCCAAGGAGGAGCAUGCGUGCAGUUUCAGGGUCAUCUGGUUGGGCGAGAAAAAUUAUACUUUAAGCUCUAUGACGUAGACAUUGAGUUUUCGUCACGCCGGAUCAUGGAGAUUUCGUAUACAACUGCUGUACGCGAGGGAUCGGUGUGCCUUCUGAUGCUAACAGUAUGUCCGGGUCUCAAUCGCGCUACACACUACGUAAUUAUGCGCUCGAAGAAAGACUUUGGUCCUGACGCUGGAGAUACCCGUCUUGACCAUAAGAAAGCUUUGUCAUCGGUUGCCAAAGCUACUUCGGAGAAACACUUUUAUCUGCCAGUGUCUACUGAAUAUUUCGACUUAGAGGGCGUUGAUUCUGAAGCUGUGGGUGGAAUCAGUAUUGACGGGUGGUGCAAAAAGACGUACCGCUUGGGUGGUCAACUCUGGGACCAAAAGCAUAUUGUGGAAAUUGGUGUGCUGUGUACGAAUAAAUUUGGAAAAGCAUCUGAUGAGUAUGAAAAGUACUUGGCUUUCAUUGGCGAGGUGUGUGUGGUUGGCAACAACAGUGAAGCUGCUGUGAAUGCGGCACAGUGCGGUGUUCAUAGCCAACCAAAAUGUUGCGAAAAUGCGAGGAUCACGUCCUUCCGACGCAAUGAUACCGAUUCGGUGGCUUUUGAAGUGCAAUGGGACUUUGCUCUGGAUGGAGUUCCUGUGCGCUACGUGUUGGUGUUUGCUCGUGUCCAAGACAAUAGGCGGGAUUUUGUAGGCAAAAGCUUUGACAAUGCACUGCAGGUGGACAAGUGUUUGUGGCAUCAAAGUCCGCUUUCGUCAAGCCGCCUCAUAAUCGAACUGCAGAGUGUUUCUUGGACAGGACAGAGCAGUACUAGCAUUUGUUUUCUGCAUUUGGAAGAAUGA